UUGCUUCACGAUGAAAACAAGGAGACGGAAUUAUGAUAAAGACAGACUCAGUGCUUUACCUAAUUCUCUUUUACUUCAAAUAUUGUCUCAUUUGAAUGCCAAGCAAGUUGUUCAAACCUGCAUUCUCUCCACAACAUGGAACAAUGUUUGGAAGGAUCUUCCUGUUCUUUCUUUAAAUUCUUCUCACUUCAAGACCUUCCUAAGUUUCACUAAUUUCGUCUCUCAAAUUUUGUCUCUACGCAACGAUAAAACCUCUCUCCAUGCUCUCAAUUUUCAGUCCCUCUACAAUGAUAUAGAGCCUCACCUACUCAAAAGCAUCCUUAAUUAUGCAUUUUCACCCAAUCUCCAACUAUUACACAUGUCCAUGGCGGUUAAAACUCAACAAUUUUCACUUUGCAACUUUUCAUCUCACACGUUAACCUCUCUUAACCUUAGUCCUAGAAUCUUAAGUCAAAGACCAUUAUUUCCAAAUUCUCUUAAACUUCCUGCAUUAACCUACUUGUCUCUAAAUUUCUUUAACUUUUCCUCCUGUAGCGAUGAUGGCUAUGCCGAUCCCUUUUCGGCAUUUAAAAAUUUGAAUACUUUGAUCAUUCAUUUUUGUCAUGUUCUUGAUGAUAAGAACCUCUUAAUAUCAAGUGUCUCGCUUGUUAAUUUAAAAUUACAACUGUUUUAUCUCUCCGCUUACAAAUUUGAGUUAUCUACCCCAAAUCUUUGUAGCUUUUAUUUUAAGGGUUAUCCUUUUCAAAACCUCCGUGGGCACAAUAGCCAUAGCAAUGCCUCUUCUAUUAAACAUGUAGAUAUUGUUUUACCUAGCUGGACGCAUGUCCAAAAUUCUCCUUCAAUUCUAUUCAAUUGGCUGGUUCAGUUUGCUCUCAUGGAAUCAUUGACAAUCUCUUCACAGACUCUUGAGUUUCUCGACCUAAUUCCGGAUUUGUGGAAGGUUGAUUUCCCUUAUUUAAUUAACAUGAAGUUACUGAAAAUAGAAACGCAUAAACUUUCAUCAAUACCGGAUGGAUUAGGAGACUUUUUACUUCAAAACGCACCAUCUGCAAAGAAAGUCAUCAUAGAAUUGUCAGAAGAAACACUAAUUAGAAGAAUGGUUGAUGCAUUGGGUUUUCCAAGAGAACAGAAUAAGGGUGGAUGCACUUAUUAGCACAAUUAAGAUUUGUUUCUUUUCCUGCAAAUUACUGAAUUAUUAUAUCAAUUUUGGUUAUGGGGUUUUUGUUAGAUACCUUUAUGGGGUUGUGCGAUCUGAUUGAAUCUGUAUUCCAAACCCAUAAUGUGAGAAUUUAUUAGAGAAAAAUAGAAGAGGGAACAAAGGGAAUGCUGAUGUGGCAAGGUGUGAGGAGUGUGUUAUCCUACUGCAUUGUUCUUUUUUCAUCAUCAACAAUACACAAUCAUUAUGUAUUUGUGCAUUUUCAUUCCUUUUUCAAUACUCUAUGUGUUGUUGUGAUUCUGUUACGCUGCAGGAUCCGUAUCAUAACAGGAGAUUCUUGCU